GAGAGAGAGAGAGAGAGAGAGAGAGAGAGGAACGCUUGCCACCCACUCACCUGCCCUGUUCACCUGCAAAGCCCCGACUCUCCCUCCCUGCCUGCCUGCCUGCCUGCCCCACCCGCCCACACCUCGCCUUCAGGCGUCCACCUACCACAGCAGCAAGAUGCGGAGGCCGACUGUACCCACGCUCUCUACUAGUCCUCAGCAGCGCCCUUCCCUAGCAGAGCGGGGGCUGUGACGUGCGUGGCUGUGAGGCGGCGGCGAGGUUGAGUGAGGAUGUGUGCAGCGGCGGCGGCGGGAGAGAGGCGAGCCCAGUGCUGUCAUGUUGAGAAUGAUAGACAAAGGGUCGGGUCAUUCACAGUGAAGUGCUGCUCGUUUGGGGGAAUUGAGUGCCAUAGUGCAGUCAUGUGAUACGCGCGUUGCAAAAAAAAGUGAGGAUUUUUUUAGUGAGCGAAAGAUCCAAGGUGUUACGUACCCCAACUGACAGUCUCAGAAUACGCAGUGUGAGGUGGGAAAUCCCAAGCACCAAGCGAUUAUUCGAUUAGUGAACAGUGAUUGAGAGGUAAAAAAGAAAAUAAAAUAAAAGAGGAAAAAUCUAUUCGUACGAGACUCGAGGACGAUUUAUCGAGUCCGAACAUUCCAACACUACGAAUUUACCCGAGACCGAACUCCCGUGAAAGCCUGGGGACACGCCAAGCCAUUUAGCAUAAGCCUGAUCUCGCGCAAUGGACCCGGGGGAGGGGGGAGGGCGAGAGGGCGGGGGACCAACGUUUUAAUCCAGUGAAACAGACGGAUAGGUAGAUGGAAAGAUAAGUCACUCAGCCGGACUAACACACAAACACAAAGAGAGCAGGAUGACCUCUUCCAGCGUAGUACCUCCCCUUCCCGCCACGUGACAUCGGAGGUGAGACGUCAACUUCACCAUGAUGUCAGGGUCGGAGGUCACGAUGGAGGUCACGGUGCCUCCCUCCGACUUCACUCUUGACCUCAUCUUGACGUCCUCGCCCUCGUCCGCCAUCUCCUCGGGCACACUGCCGCCCUACCUCACCAUGGAGGCUGCCAACACCACCCAGACGGGGAACUGCUCGGAGCCACUCAGCCACUUCACCUGGACCAACCACAAGCUGGCCUCCAUCAUCAUCCUGGUGGUGAUCAACGCGCUGGUGCUCGCAGGCAACACGCUCGUCAUCCUGGCCGUGUUCCUCUCCAGCAAGCUGCGCACCGUCACCAACCUGUUCAUCGUGUCCCUGGCCGUGUCUGAUCUGCUGCUGGGUGUGAGCGUGCUGCCCUUCAGCAUGGCCUACACGGUAUUCGAGUCGUGGGUGUUCAUGACGGCGUGGUGUUCCAUGUGGCAGGCCAUCGAUGUGUGGCUUUCCACCGCAUCCAUCCUCAACCUGGUGGUCAUCAGUCUGGACAGGUACGUGGCGGUGACGAGGCCCGUGUCGUACCCGUCACGUAUGACCCACGUGCGCGCCAAGGUACUCAUCAUGUUGGUGUGGGUCAUCUCUUUCCUCAUCUGCCUGCCGCCCCUGGUGGGCUGGACGGGAUCGGAGCGAGCCCAGACGGUUGUGCUGGAGGCGGACUGCACCCUCAGCUGCUCCCUCAAUGACGACCCGUGGUACGUGGUGUACUCGGCGUGCGGUUCCUUCUUCCUGCCGGCACUGGUGAUGCUCUUCUUCUACUGGAAGAUUUACUGCGCCGCCGCCGAAACCACUCGCGCCAUCAACCAGGGCUUCCGCACCACCAAGAACAAGCGCAUCCUAGGUAGCCGCUUCCAGGAAGAACGACUCACUCUCAGGAUACACCGCGGUCGUAAUUCCGUGCAGGAGCGGCAUCAUCGCGGAUCAGACCGCCGGUGCAACAAUGGACACCCUACCGGAGGCGAUAGUGACGGCAGCGGGGCGCGCGGCGGGAAUAUCAAGAUGAGGACACUUCGACCACAGCUCAUCAUGAAGCCCAGCCUCGGCGUGCAGCCCGACGUGACGCGCAUGGGGGAGCCCUGCAACGUGUGUCACGAGCACUGCUCCAUACACACCUCCACCACCAAGCCUGACCCCUGCUACACUGUCGAUACAAAUUUUACCCAGGUGGACACACCCUCCACAGGGCAGCAGCAGCAGCAGCAACAACAGCAGCAACAACAAAGGAAGGAACAGGUGAGUGAGCAUCAGCAAAAAGAUAAGGAGCAGCAGAAACAACCGCCAAAGUCGCAUCUGCGAAUACACAGGAAGCAACAACAAAAGCAGAAGCAAACCUCCCCUACUCCCAACAGCCUCGCCCCGCCCAACGAGCUGCAGGUGCCUGACAGAUUCCCGGGGCAGGAAGGCGGCACCACGCCUCCGCCGCCGCCCAAGACAGGCAGAGGCCGUCCCACCGGCACCUCCAGGAUGGGGCGGCGCAACAUCAAACUACAAGUAAAACGCUUUCGCAUGGAAACGAAGGCCGCCAAGACCCUGGGCGUGAUCGUGGGGGUGUUCACUCUGUGCUGGUUGCCUUUCUUCACCAU